GUCAAGGGAAAAAAAAACAACAAAAAAACCCAAAACAGACUGCCCUCGAGACGCUCCUGCACAUAUUUUGGAAGGCUUGGUUGGCUUUGCCUGCAUCAUUCACUCCUGGUGCCUGACCCCAUAAUCCUUCGGACGUUUUAUUGGUGGCCUGUUUGAGCUUGUGCAUCCAGCAUGGUCGCAGACACCACCUACUAUGAUAUCCUGGGGGUGCCACCCACGGCGACCGAAAUCGAAAUCAAAAAGGCAUAUCGCAAGCUCGCAAUUGUCACUCAUCCAGACAAGAAUCCCGGGGAUGCAACGGCACAUGAGAAGUUCCAAGCUAUUGGAGAGGCCUAUCAGGUUCUCAGCGACCAGGAGCUACGAAAGCGAUAUGACAAGUUCGGUAAAGAAGAUGCGGUACCGGGAGGUGGCUUUGAGGAUCCGGCCGAGUUCUUCUCCAUGAUCUUUGGUGGGAGUGCCUUUGUCGACCUUAUCGGAGAAAUUUCGCUUAUGAAGGACCUAACUACUACGAUGGACAUUACAAUGGAAGCGGCGGAGGAGGAUGAAUUGGCAGAAUUGGCAGAAUCGGCUGAGGAGAAGCUGAACAUCCAUGACGAUGCUGCUGCAGGCACCUCCGAGCAAGCUGCUGGCCAGCCAUAUACACCUGCGCCACGGCGACGUCUGGGACAACAGGCCAUUAUGGAUAGGUCGGAAGAGGAAGCACGGAUGGAGGCAGCCGGUCUGACCUCGGAAGAGAAGGAAUUGCGCAAGAAGGAGCAGAAGAAGGGUGGACUAACCAAGGAGCAACAGGAUCGCUUAGCCGCGUACGAACUGGAGCGGAAGCACGCGCGCGAAGAACGAGUUAACACGCUUGCGAACAAACUUGUUGAUCGGAUUAGUAUCUGGACGGAGACUGAUAAAGGCCCCAACGUGACGCGUGCUUUCGAGGAACAGAUCCGCCACGAAGUCGAGAACCUCAAAAUGGAAUCCUUUGGUAUCGAGAUUCUCCAUGCCGUUGGUGCUACCUAUGUUCAGAAAGCCACUUCUUUCCUCAAAUCGCAAAAGUUCCUUGGUAUUUCGGGCUUUUUCUCCCGGUUAAAGGACAAGGGUACGCUGGCGAAGGAGACGUGGACUACCAUCUCCACAGCGAUCGAUGCCAAGAUGACUAUGGAAGAGAUGGCCAAGUUGGAAGAAAAGGGUGGGGAGGAUUGGACCGAUGAGAAGAAAGUAGAAUACGAGCGGAAGGUGACGGGCAAGAUCCUCGCGGCCGCAUGGCGUGGUAGCAAGUUCGAGAUCCAAGGCGUGCUCCGUGACGUUUGCGAUCAGGUUCUGGGCGACAAGCGUAUCAGGCUGGAGAAGCGCAUUGAGCGUGCUCAUGCCCUUGUGAUUGCUGGUAAUAUCUACCAGAAGGCCGAACGCGACCCGGAUGAAGAGGGAGACUACAUGGCCUUUGAACAGCUCAUGGCGGAGGCCAUGACGAAGAAGGGCAAGGACGAAAAGAAGAAGAAGAAGGAGAAGUCGAAGCAUGAACACAAUGUUUCAGCGGCAUGAGCCUGUCAUUAUAUUAUUUAUCCUGUUGUUUCAUAAUUACUUUCUUUCUCUUCAUUGUACUUACAACAUCAUCCAUGCUUUACCUGCUCUCGUCCCUUACUGCCAUCAUUCCCAUGCUCAUUGGAGUCGCUCCCAAAUUAUAACGUCACGUUAUCUUAUUCGGACAAUCUUUCUCUGGUUGAACCCUAUGUAUAGCCUGUCUCCGGAAGGUGUAAUGUUUCGAUCGAAUGAACGACUUGCUCAUCUCUAAAUAAUCUAUUGCUGCUGCUGACUUUCC